ACGUUUGGUAAUAUUUGUAUUCUAUAGUCAAAAAUUAAUUUUGUCAAUAAAUAGUAUGUUUUAACAUUUUUUUUUUAAAUAUUCUCCUUUUGACCAAGAGUGGAGACGUCGGUAUUCAAGAGUCCUAGUUCGAUUUCGAUGAUAACGAUGCUAAACACUUCGUCGUUUUCAAAUAUAAUUUCAAGUGUUGGAACGUUAUUGCUUCGAAACAGUGUUAGACAUGCGUCCAAAAAAUCUGGUACUAGUUCAUCAAAUGUGGGUGGUCGUGUUCGCCCGAAACAUAGAGGUAUCAGAUACAACGACGGCCGUGAAGUCACUGCCGGAACCAUGUUGGUGUUGCAGAGAACAUUGAGAUUUCACCCAGGUCUACAUGUUGGAUUCGGACGUAAUGGUACAUUGUUUGCGUUAGAAGCGGGUAAAGUAGUUGUAUCGUGUGAGAAGUUUGAUCCAUUUUGGGAACACACCUGGGUCCAGAGGAUUUAUGGCCAUCGUAAAGGGCAAACAAUAUACAAAAAAUAUUUUAAUAUUAUACCAGAGCCCCAGCACAAUCGAUUUAAACUUAUCGAAUCAAAUUAAUCUAUUGUUGCCGAUCAAAAUUUGCCCGCUCUGAAAACAAUUUUUGUAAUUAAUAGACUGUAGAAAUUUAUAAAUAGUGUUCAUAAUAAACAUGAUGAUUUUAAUUA